UUCCAAACGCAAGGAAACGCUGAAUUACAACGUCAUAGCGGAACAGCGACCAGACACACCGUCCCUCUCAAUAACCAACAGAGGCAACCAGUUUAACCCAGGCAACAUCUCAACCAAUUUAGACAGUUGAAGAAUCAAACCAUUUCUCUAUUUUAACAAAGUUUUUUUGUAUGUACUUAUAGUACGUAUUUGUCACGGAACAUUUCACUGUUCGAGUCAAAUUUAGAGAGAGAGAAAAGUUUUCACUCCGCCGCGGGAGCGUGAGGAGAGAAGCUCAACCGAACUUUUGCUGAGGGUGAAGAGAGAGCAUGUCUGCACUUAUCAGCGUGUACUCGUCAUGGCCGGAGAGCUUUGAGUGCUCAACGGGAGAUGGGGACGUGCCUGACGGACACGGCUCGCACAGGACUCCCGCGGACAAAGCGUCGGAGCCGCGCAUCAGACGGCCCAUGAAUGCGUUCAUGGUCUGGGCUAAAGAUGAGAGGAAGCGCCUGGCUGUCCAAAACCCAGACCUGCACAACGCAGAGCUUAGCAAGAUGCUGGGCAAGUCGUGGAAGGCCCUGACCCCUCUUCAGAAACGUCCCUACGUGGAGGAGGCCGAGAGGCUGCGGGUGCAGCACAUGCAGGACUACCCCAACUACAAGUAUCGCCCUCGUCGCAAGAAGCAGCUGAAGCGCAUCUGUAAGCGUGUGGACCCAGGGUUCCUACUGAGCAGUCUGGGGGGGCCUGACCAGAAUGCCCUAACUGACUCCCGGGGCCUCUGCCUCUCUCUGGGUUUGGAUAAAGAAGGGGAUGGUGGUGUUGGGUUUUCAUCACGCUCUUCCCUCAGCCCGGUUAGAUCCUUAAGAGAUGUACCGUCCAGCAGCACCUACCCCUACGGCCUCCCCACCCCGCCUGAGAUGUCCCCCCUGGAUUCGGCCCUGGACCACGACUACCCCUCCUACUACCCCUCCUCUUCUUCCUCCUCUUCAUCCGUCUCCUGCUCAGAGGAGCGCCACCAGCACCAGUGUCAGGGUCAGGCCCCCGGAGGAGGUGGUGGUGGAGGUCACAUGAGUCCUCCGCCCUACCACCCUGACUAUACCCAGACUUCCAUCCACUGUGGCUCCCACUCCCACCUAACCCACCUCUCCCACAUGUCCCAGGCUCAGUCCGGAGGCCUCAUCCCUGGGCAUCCUCUAUCCUACUACAGCCCAUCCUCAUGGUCCUCCCAGCUCCAGGUCCACCCGGGCCUCCAGCCCCACCAUCACCCCCACUUGGGGCACCUCUCCCCAGGUCACCACCACCAGCACCAUCUGGGUCAGCUCUCUCCUCCUCCAGAGCAGAACCAUGGCCAGAACCACGGUCAACUGGAGACACUGGACCAGCUGAGUCAGGUAGAGCUUCUAGGGGAGGUCGACCGCGAUGAGUUCGACCAGUACCUGAACUCGACUGCGGCAGGUGCGGCAGCAGCGGGGGUAGGGGUAUUCCACUCCGAACACGGAGGAGGAAUGACUGUGACGGGUCACAUUCAGGUGACGUCUGGGAGCAGCGUUGUCGCGGAAACAAGCCUGAUCUCCGUGUUAGCGGACGCCACGGCAGCGUACUACAACAACUACGGCAUCUCUUAGACGGGUCGUCGAGUUACCUGGUCACCAUGCCGACACCGACAGCUCACGCCAUCACACCUGGGAACUGACCCGGGGGCCAUUAAUGUGUCAUCACGCGUCUCAGAGGAGGACUGUUGAUCUCGCGUCAGGUGUCUAUGUGUAAUCUUAUUCAUUGUGAUCUAUAAAACUUUGAGACGCUUGAUACCUACGACCCCAGGUAGGCUGAAGAUGGGUUAGG